AUGGAGGCAUCCACGAUAAUGAACAGCGGUCCCGUGACCGUGACCAAGUCACCACCCAUCUUGGUCCAACCGGAGUCGGCCACACCCGACGGCUUUUACUUCCUGUCCAGCCUCGACCAGGCCAUUCCCAUCACCAUGCAAGCGAUAUACUGCUACGAGAGAAGCGGAGACGACGUCGGAGACAUGCUAAAGAAGGCUUUGGCCAAAGUCUUGGUCCACUAUUACCCGCUCGCGGGGAAGUUGGCUACUACUCCCGAAGAUAAGCUCGCCGUCGCGUGCACAAAAGGAGGCGCGACGUUGGUCGAGGCUAUCGCCACCUGCGGCAUCGACGCGUUGGGCGAUGUUCGAGUUCCUGAUCCGGACAUUUCGAGGAAGCUCGUGUACACGGAUCCUUCCAUGACGGAUUUGUUCGAAGUUCCCCUUCUGACUGCUCAGGUGACAAAAUUCCAAUGUGGAGGUUUCACAUUAGGGAUCGCCAUGAGCCACUGCGUAACCGACGGCGCAGGAGCCAUGGCCUUCAUCAACUCGUGGGCCCAAACCGCCCGCGGCGUUCCCAUCACCAUUGUCCCUUUUCAUGACCGCUCGAUCCUGAAACCGCGCGUCCCUCCUCAGAUCAAGUACCCCUACGAGGACUUCGUCGUCAUCUCCGACGUCUCCGACAUGGCCACGCUCUUCGAGCGGCAACCCAUGACCUACCAAGCCUUCCAUUUCGACUCUGACAAGCUCGCAGCCCUCAAGAGAAUGGCCAUGUCCGAGGACGGCCUCACGAGCUGCACGAGCUUCACCGCCUUGGCAGCUCACGUGUGGCGCGCGCGAAGCCAAGCGCUGAACAUGAAGCCCCACCAGCUCACAAAGCUUCGCAUCAUGGCUGACUUCAGGUCCAAGUUUGAGACGACGGCAUUGCCGGAGGGCUACUUCGGCAAUGCCGUGACCACCGUGGGUUGCCUCUGCACUGCCGGCGACCUGGCAGAGAAGCCCAUCUCCUUCGCCGUCGAGCAAAUCAAGAAUGCUGUCGAGUCCGUGACGGAGGACUACGUGCUGUCGAGGAUCGACUAUGAGGAUGUCUAUAAGCCUCAGCUCACGUCGGUUGGCACUUUGGUGAUAAGCUCAUGGACGAGGCUGGCGUUCGGCGCGGCGAACUUCGGGUGGGGAGGGCCGGCACAGUUUGGUAGCGGCAGCCUGGUGGAGGAGCUUGGCCUGUUCAUGCCGGAGGGAGAAGGGAAGAAGGGCAUUGUGGUGGUCUUGGGCUUGCCAACUUCAGCCAUGAACUCAUCAGGGCGUAGUUCUAAAGUGGCGUCGACAAAGAUCCUGUGUCGAUCAAGUUGCUUAUUUCACAUUACGACUUCCACGGUGGGUCUAAUCACAUGCACAAAUUGA